AGCACAGUGAAAAAUAAUGGAAGAGGUUAAAUAUUAAAAAAAUGAAACUAAUGACAAUAGGUACAAUGAACAGCCUUAGGACUGACAAUAAAGAUAUAUAUGGUCACCAAUUUAGGAUUGGUCACUUAGCAGCAGUUAGAAGUUAUGAUAGAUCUCCCCCAAAAUGUAUUUUUAAUCCAAUCUUGAAAUUCCAACAGAGACCCCACUGCAAUCACAUGACUGUAUUUUGCCACUCAGGAACUGGCCUACAUUUAUAGCCAUUUUCAAUGUCACAUAUAAAUCACAUGACAUGCAAUUUACGUUUUUGAAAAAUGGGGAACUUCUGUUUUUCAGCAAAAAGCACUCCAUGCUAUUUGUUUAAAGGCUGCCACCAAAACAGUCGUAAAAAUUGGGUCUAGUCACAUGAUGAUCUGUUUUAUAACCAUCACUGCUUACAACCAUAAUGGGCAGGGUCGAUUAUGGCUAUAAACUAAGACUGAAGGAGUAGAUAUCUUUUGCCAUUGAGGAUCAACUAUCAAUAGCAGAGAAAUAACCAUGCAGGAAAUACAAGCAGGAAGUGGGCUGGAGUAACAUGUAUGCUUUUAAAAGUGAAACUGCUCUUUACAGCAAACAUAAAAGUGAGUGGACAAAGUCUGCUUAGCAAUUCAGGAUCAGAUUGUGCCUGUAACUUUUCACUGCAAAGUGUGCUGAAGCCUUUUCUAAAGCAACUACUUUAGAUUUUCAUGGAGGCCACCUUAAUGAUGCUUGCCAUGCUUCAGUCACAAAGGUUUUAUAUCAAUACCAGAGAUUGGAUGUAACCCACAGUUAACAUGAAUAAAACUGUGAAAGAAGAUAUUUACAAUGCAUUGAAUGAACUCCUUGAGAUGGAAUUUAAAGCAUUUAAAUGGAGGCUCAAUUCUAUUAAUUAUGAUGAAAGGCCAAACAUUCCUAACAGUUCACUGGAGAAAGCUAACCAACAAGAAGUUGUAGAUCUCCUAAUUCAACAUUAUGGAAAUGAUGCUCUAAAGGUGUGCACUGAUGUCCUUCAAAAAUGCAAUAGAAAUGAUCUUGCAAAAAACCUGGAAGAAAAGAAAGUUGCAGAUGCUGAUGCUUGCCAACUUCCAGUUUUAGCAGAUUACAGAAACUACAUUAAACAAAAAUUUGCAACAAUCAAAGAUCCUAAUGCUAUGCCUGGUGAAUAUGUGGCCCUAAACCAGAGAUACUCAAAGCUAAUCAUCCUAGAUUAUCACCCAUCAGAAGAGGAGAAAGAAGAUGAAAUUCUGGCGAUGGGAAGGAAACAUCUUGAAAUCAUCAGCAAAAGAGCUAAAUCUUCAGCCAGCAUUGAAACGUUAUUUAACCCUGAUAAAUAUGGAUUAAUUCCACGCUUUAGAUAUGUUAAACAAAAUGAUACGCUUUUCACCAUGUGUGUCAUUCCCCUUGUGAGUUGGAUCAUCUGCACAGUGAUGAAACAGGAGAUGGAGAGAGGCAAGGAUCUUCAGAAGACACCAUACACCCUCACUGCAAUAUAUAUGUUGUAUUUCUCCAGUUUAUUAAAGUUUCACCAUAAAGAAUCCAAACCGGAUGUCCAAGGAAAUGUAAAAAGCUUAUGCUCUUUGGCUGAAGAAGGAAUCUGGAAACAGCAAAUACUUUUUAUGGAGGAAGAAGUCAAGAAGCACAGUUUAGAUCAGAGAGACUACCUCCCCCUCUUUCUGAAUCAAAGUGUCUUCAAAAGGGAUAUUGAUCGUAUUCAAACCUAUAACUUCAUUCACUUAAGCUUCCAGGAAUUCUUUGCUGCUUUGUUUUAUGUCCUAGAAGAAGGAGAGGAGCAGCAUUCUGAAAACUGGAAUAAAAAUUUGCAGACACUGUUAGAAAGUCAUAAAUCUUUUAGGCGUGACUUUGCAGUAGGAUUUCGCUUUCUUUUUGGUUUUUUAAAUGAAGAAAAAAGAAUGAGGCAGCUGAAAAAAGAAUUUGGAUGGGAAAUUUCUCCUAAGAAUAAAGAGUUCUUAUUAGACUGGGUGAAAAAUAAAAUUAACAGAAGAAUUAAUUUCCGUCGGCAAAAAGAAAUCUUAGCUUAUUUAUAUGAGACACAAGAUGACAAUUUUGUAAAUGAUGCACUAUGUGGUGUCACUGAAAUAAUUUAUCAAUGCAAUUCUGAUAUGGAAUUGAUGAUCCUGGCCUAUUGUAUACAGCAUUGCCAAAAUUUGAAGAAACUCCUUAUUAAAAGCCCUACGUUUCCAUAUCGGGAGUCGGAAAAUUUAUUUUUUUCAAAAACUGAGGAAUGGAGUUUGGAUGAAAGAUAUAGGGAAGAUUUUUUUAAAGCACUGACAAAGCUGAGAAACUUAACAUACCUGAGUUUGAAUGGAUGGUCCAUCACAGAGUCCUGCAGCAGGCAUCUUGCUGAAGUCUUCAAGAAAAACCAGAGAUUGGAAGUAUUACAGUUGUCCCUUGAAGACACGGAUGACAGAGCAGCCAAAUUGCUGUGUGAGGGGCUUCAACAUGCAGACUGUAAAGUAGGCACACUAGGGCUUGCAGGAAAGACCAUCAAUGAAUCCAGUAGCAGGCAUCUUGCAGAAGUACUCAGUAAAAAACAGAGAUUGACAAUAUUGAACUUGUCCCUCAGGAACCCAGAUGACAAACCAAUGGAGAUGCUGUGUAGAGGACUCAAACAUCCAGACUGUACAAUAGAGACUCUAGAACUUGUUAUAGAUACCCUGACUGAAUCCUGCAGCAGGCAUCUUGCAGAAGUACUUGGAAAAAAUCAGAAAUUGAGUGUGUUAUACUUGUCACUCAAUAGUCCAGAUGACAAACCAAUGGAGGUGCUGUGUACAGGACUCAAAAAUGCAGAAUGUAAAAUAGAAAGACUAAAGCUUGGUGGAAAGAUCCUGACAGAAUGUUGCAGCAGGAAUCUUGAAGAAGUACUCAGGGAAAACCAGAGAUUGAAAAUAUUACAUAUGUUCCUUGAUAACACAGAUGACAAAAUAAUGCAACUACUGUGUGAUGGGCUCAGUCAUCCAGAAUGUAAAAUAGAAACAAUACAGCUAAAUCUAAAGACCCUGACUGAAUCUUGCAGCAGACGUCUUGCAGAAGUAUUCAGGAAAAACCAAAAAUUGAGGGUGUUAUACUUGUUCUUAAAUAACCCUGAUGACAAAACAAUGGAAUUGCUGUGCGAGGGGCUCAAACAUCCAGAAUGUACAAUACAAAGACUAGAGCUUGAUAUUCAGUGUCUGACAGAAUCCUGCAGCUGGCAUCUUGCAGAAGUACUCAGGAAAAACCACAGCUUGAGAGAGUUGUACUUGUACCUUGAGGAUGCAAAUGACAGAACAAUGGAAGUUCUGUGUGAUGGUCUCAAACAUCCAGAAUGUACAAUAAAGAAGCUACAACUUGAUGGAGACGUCUUGCCUGAAUCCUGCAGUAGGCAUCUUGCUGAAGUACUGGGGAAAAAUCAGAGAUUGAGAGAGCUAAUGCUGUCCCUCAACAACCCAGAUGACAAAAUAAUGGAAGUGCUGUGCGAUGGGCUGAAACAACCAGAAUGUACAAUAGAGACCCUAAAUCUUAUUGGACGGAGCCUUACCAAAUCUAGCAGCAGGCAUCUUGCAGAAGUACUCAGGAAGAACCAGAGACUGAGUGUGUUACUCUUGUACCUCAACAAUGAAGAUGACAAAGCAAUGGAAGUGCUGUGCGAGGGCCUCAAACAUCCAGAAUGUACUAUAAAGACACUACAACUUGUUGGAUCCAUCCCAACAGAAUGCUGCAGCAGGCAUCUUGCAGAAGUACUCUGGAAAAACCAGACCUUGAGAAAGUUACAUUUGUUGCUUAAUAACACAGAUGGCAAAAUAAUGAAACUACUGUGUGAUGGGCUCAGUCAUCCAGAAUGUAAAAUAGAAACAAUACAGCUUGAGGUCUUGCCUGAAUCCUGCAGCAGGCAUCUUGCUGAAGUACUGGGGGAAAAUCAGAGAUUAAGAGAGCUAAUGCUGUCCCUCAACAACCCAGAUGACAAAAUAAUGGAAGUGCUGUGCGAUGGGCUCAAACAACCAGAAUGUACAAUAGAGACCCUAAAGCUUACUGGAGGGAUCAUCACCAUACCUAGCAGCAGGCAUCUUGCGGAAGUAUUCAAGAAAAACCAGAGAUUGAGAAUGUUACAUUUGUUCCUUAAUAAUACAAAUGACAAAAUAAUGGAACUACUGUGUGAUGGGCUCAGUCAUCCAGAAUGUAAAAUAGAAACAAUACAUCUAUUUAUGUGCAGGAUAGAUGGAAAGACCUUGACUGAAUCUUGCAGCAGACAUCUUGCAGAAGUAUUCCGGAAAAACCAAAAAUUGACUGUGUUAUACUUGUCCCUAAAUAGCCCAGAUGACAAAACAAUAGAAUUGCUGUGCAAGGGGCUCAAACAUCCAGAAUGUACAAUACAGACACUACACAGGCUUGAUAUUCAGUGUCUGACAGAAUCCUGCAGCUGGCAUCUUGCAGGAGUAUUCAGCAAAAACUACAGCUUGAGAAUGUUGUACUUGUCCCUUGAGGAUGCAAAUGACAGAACAAUGGAAGUUCUGUGUGAUGGUCUCAAACAUCCAAAAUGUACAAUAAAGAAGCUACAGCUUGAUGGAGAGUUCUUGACUGAAUCCUGUAGCAAGUAUCUUGCAGAAUUAUUCAGGAAAAAUAAGAGAUUGAGAGAGUUAGACCUGUCCCUUAAGAACCCAGAUGACAAAAUAAUGGAAGUGCUGUAUAAAGGCCUCAAACAUCCUCAAUGUAAUAUUGAGACACUAGUGUUGAAUGGAAAAAGUAUUAUACGGUAUGGUGAAUGGAUGGACAUGAGCCACAUUGCUAGAACCUCCAUGUAAAUGUUCUUUCUUCAUGCUUGCUUGCUUGAUCUAUUUUUAUUUCCAUUCAGAAUAUGGUUAGGAAGACUUGGAAUUUAAUAUCAAGAACGUCUAAAGAACUUUCUUUCAGCAACUAGAAUUUGAACUGAGGACUUCUGAAAUUGAAAAAUGCCAAGCUAGGUGAAUAAAAGUUAGCCCUCAAAAUUGUAAAUUAUAACAAUUCUUUUACAUUAGGAGAUUAUUAUUGUCCUUUGAUGUCUGAAUAAGAGAAGGAAACAUUGGCUGCUUGAGUGUUUGAUUAAGUGCCAUCAAGUCCCCAUUGAUCCUUAGUGACUAGGCAGAUUAAAGUUGUCUGCUUUUCAGUAUUUUUAUGGCCAGCUAGUCAGCCAGGGGCCCCUCAUCCAGGUUAACGGUUACUGUCCUGCAUGGCGAUUUUGGGCCUGGACCAUUUAACCUCCAACUUACUUUUUGUCACUCCUUUAUCCUCCCAAUUCUCUCACUAGUUCAUUGAUGGAAUAGUAAAACUACUGAAAUCCUUUCCAGUGGUGGGAUGCAAAACAUUUUACUACGGGUUCUGUGGACAUUACUU